UGUUCCACGUAAAGUAGUCUUCACAACUUUGCAGCAACCUGGAUAAGGGUAGUAGGAAUUUUGGUUAAAAGACGACUGCGAGAGGUUGCUUUGUCAAUUCACUCUCAAGAUUCAAAGUCGAACUGCUGAGCUUGCAGAUCUUAGGACGACUCUCCUUGGAAAGAGGUGACUGCGAAUCACAGUGAUGAGUUCAGCAUUGGCCACAAUUGUUGUUCUGCAAACUGCAUUCUUCAUCUUGUAUUUGCUUGAUAUAUUUUGCAAUUCUUUUUUGAUUUAUGCACUUUGGAAGCUGAAAAAGUUGAAAACAAGGUCUUUUCAAUUCAUUCUCUGUCUCAGCAUUUCGGAUGUUUUACAUGGUAUUUUUGGCCUAAUAGAGCAAGUGAUGGUAGCAGCGAAUUUACAACCUUCCAAAGACAUUGCUUUUUUUAUAGGGGCAGGAAUCUUCUACUUUUUGAACUUCUCUACCAGUAUGGUGCUUAUUAUUGGCAUAGACCGCUUUGCUCACAUGAAGUACCUAAACGCGUACCCAAGAGUGAUGACAAAAUGUAAGGCGACUUUUCUUGUGCUUGCCAACGUACUCUUUACUCUGCACACGUUGAUUACGACUCGUGUCUUGUUGGUAUACCAUAGACAGUAUCUUUUUGACAAUCGACGUGCAUACAUACAAUACAGGAUAACUCUUGGCUUCUUGUAUUUGGGUUUGACUGCCUUUAUAUUCUUUAUUUACUUUUGGACAUACAACUCUUUACGAAGACAAACCAAAAACAUGGUUUGUUCCAAGAAGGAAAGUCAGAAAGAGAAGACAAAGGCAGAGAAACGGAGAAACAGAUGGAAUCAAGGAAGCAAGGGAAGACAUGUUCCACGUAAUUCGAGCACCGAAUUUGCAAAAGGAAUGGCAUUUGUUCUUGGCUCUCUGUUUUUCUUAGUUGUUCCUAAUAUAUGCAUGACCCCCUGUCAGUGGCUUAUUACGUUAUAUGCUGACAUCGAAACAAUACUCAGAUCAUUGGAAAUCAUGCAAAAAAUAGGAAAUUACACAUACAUGAGCUCGAUCUUGAAUUGCUCACUCAAUGCCGCUAUAUUGAUCUAUUUCAGUUCUGAAUUAAACACCUUUACGAGGAAGUUUUUCUGUUGCUGCAAGAAUUUGGAUGCAACCAAUAGUGUUCGCACUGUUGAUGAGACGAAAUACGAUCGGUCAUUGACAAUGACGAAAUCCCAGUUAGAUAAUGCAUCCAGUAUAUCUCAGGUCUAAAGAUGACAACUAAAGGAACAUAUUGCAAAAUAGUGUUCAAAUUCUUGUCGUUAAAGGUACAUCUGUUUACGAUAAGGGAUAAUCCGAACGCGUCAUGGGAGUCGUCGACUGCAUCAGCCCAACUUUGCUUUAAGGUGUCUGACAAUAUCAUAUCACUGAGACACACGUAGUGAUGUACUGGGGUUGCUGGAAUAACUGUUUCAACUUUUAAGACUUGAAUAAUUUAAAAUAUAUUUAUUAUCUUGUUUAAAUCUUUUUAGAGAUUCUUGAAGCUAUACUCAAUACUAUAUGUUGCAUUAGUGCGUCGCACAAUAAUAGCUUUUGGAGAAAGCGUUUUCAAUCAGAAGUAUAACCCUUAAAACCAUUAUAGGUUGCAGACAGAGCAAUAUAACUUUAUCCAUUGUUUUCCUCGUGAAUAUAUUUCCAAACUUUGCAAUCGUAGAGAGUGGCAUCGCUUGACUUUCCAUACUAGGGGGGUGGAGGGUCAUCAAUAGAAAAUUUACCGACGAAGAAAUAGAUGUAGAAAAAUUUGGGUGCUAUUUCACCAAACUAAGGAUUUUGUAGACAAACUGAAGAAUUAUCGACAAACUCAUAAAGUAUGGGGGGGGGGGGUUGUUACACCUUCAACCCCCCUACAAGCCACGCCCUAGAUCAUAGAUAAUGCGCAGAUGUUUUCAUUACCUUCCCUAAUUCACUAUGAUAUCUACAUUUUUCUACAGUAUACGCUUUUAGAAAUAUAUAACUUUUAGAAAAUGGGAUGAUGGUAGCAUAUACUUCAUAGACAAAUUCCCCAGCGUGUUUUUUGCUGUUUGUUUAAACAGCUUCUCACCGGUGCAAAUAUAAAAAACGGUCAUGCCAUGUUACUAGAACUUAGGUAGAAUGGGUGCAGACGACACUGAAAUGCUUCUUGGCAUCAUUUUACAGCACGAACAUUUUUGUUUCUUUUAUUUUUGCAUUACUUGGCCUAGUAGUUGCAAUGUAUAUACUAUUUAACAAAUUAGAAAACUAGAUAUGAAAGAAAAGUAGCUGUCAAAGGUAGAUUAAUUAGCAUUGUCUUGCCAAAUUUCUUGUUCUCCCUGAAUUUCUUUUUCCAGCCUGAAAAUAAGUCAAUCCUGUUGUGAAGUAAAACUGCAAAUAUACGCACUUUGAUUUAAGAAUUUAUUGGCAGUUCUAAUUUAAAGCCUGUCUACGAAUGUUUGUAAGAAAUCAGACAAUGUGUGUACUUUGCAAGGCACUGCUGAAUGGCCAAGCUGUACCUACGACAACGGAGCCAUUCAAUUCAAUUAGCCUCGGUUCUGUAAAAAUUUACGCGGGUUUUUCUUAUUCUCCUUCUCCAAUAAAAGUGAAUUUGAACAACAUGGAGUGAUCAUUAGAGAGUUUUCUUAUUUCUGUUUUAUAAUGAAUGGGCAAAGGAGACCUAGAAGAUUUAAUCCUUACCAGAGGGGCCGUGGCUGGAGGGGAAAUCAUCAGCGUCAGUAUAAUAAGGGAUAUGUCAAUGCGCCAACUGGACCUAGGCCCAACCAACAACAAACUCCAAAUCAUCAGCAAGCAACUUGUUCUCAAAACAGAAGAGUUCCCCAAAGAAGACAUAACUGUCCAUUUGAAAAAUGGUACACAUAUUUUCCAGCAAAAGCAUACAAUCCUGGAGAUGAGCUUGCCAUUGAGGUGAAAGAGUUUAAAAAAUAUUUUGAAAAGCGAUUGGAUACUUUUAAUAUGGAUGAAGUUGAGAAGAAUAAUUCUGUUUUUAUUGACUAUGGAGAGUUAACAAAUGAUGAAGAUUUGAAAAUGCAGCUGCCAAGCAUUGCUCAGAUGCUUGAGGAUAAUCCUGAAGAACAUUUAAAGGCCAUGAGUGUUGCCUUCCAUCAGGCCUUACUUGAUGAUCAAAACGGAGAUGAACCUCAAAGUAUUCAAAUUUUAUAUGACAUGCCAUACAUAAACACAAGGAUCCUCAACUAUGAACCAUUAAUUGCUCUGAAGAAUCUUAAGGCAAAUUUUUAUGGUAAACUGGUGUCCGUUCGUGGUACUGUUGUUCGUGUUGGCAAUGUCAAGCCCUUAGCAACUCACAUGACAUUCAUUUGCACCUCUUGCCAGGCGCAGCAGGUAAUUGAGCUGAUAGAUGGGAAGUAUUCCACGCCAACCAGGUGUGUAUCACCUGAAUGCAGAGCACGAACAUUUAUUCCUGAUCGAAAUUCUUCUUAUACAAAAACGAUCGAUAGUCAAGUCAUAAAAUUGCAAGAAAUAAUGUUAGAUGAGCAUCGAGAAACUGGAAGAAUUCCUCGCACGAUUGAAUGUGAACUUUUUGCAGAUUUAGUUGAUGCUUGUGUACCAGGUGAUGUUGCUGUGGUGACAGGAAUUGUCAAACUAUUGAGUCAUGAAGACCAGGCAUCAAGAAAGAGCAAAGAAAAGUGCAUGUUUCUUCUAUAUAUUCAGGCUGUAUCUGUCACAAAUUGCAAAGAAUCAAAAUCGACCCAGCGUCAAUCCGAUGAGCAGAAAAGUGACUUCACUCUAAAGGAGCUUUAUGGCAUUCGCGAGAUUCAUUCGGAGAAAAACGUAUUCAAACUGAUUGUAGGGUCUCUUUGUCCGACAAUAUAUGGACACGAGCUUGUCAAAGCAGGCUUGGUCCUAGGACUUUUUGGUGGAACACCAAAUCAUUCAGAUGACAGGAGUCAUAUUGCGAUACGAAGCGAUCCGCACAUUCUCAUUGUUGGUGAUCCGGGCCUAGGAAAAAGUCAGAUGCUCCAAGCAGUUUCAAAUGCGGCGCCAAGAGGCGUCUAUGUCUGUGGGAACAACACAACAACAUCUGGAUUGACAGUGACCUUAGCAAGAGAAAGUGGAACUGGAGAGUACGCUUUGGAGGCAGGAGCUCUUGUCCUGGCUGAUCAAGGUUGUUGCUGUAUUGAUGAAUUCGAUAAAAUGAAAUCACAGCACCAGGCUUUGCUUGAAGCAAUGGAGCAGCAAAGCAUCAGCAUAGCAAAAGCUGGGAUUCUUUGCAGUCUACCAGCAAGAACAUCGAUAAUAGCAGCUGCAAACCCGGUUGGUGGACAUUACAACAAAGCCAACACUGUGUCCGAAAACCUUAAAAUGAAUGGAGCAUUGUUGUCCAGAUUUGAUUUGGUUUUCAUACUCCUGGAUAACCCUGAUGAGGAGCUUGAUUGCAUCCUCUCUGAACAUGUAAUGGCAAUACAUUGUGGAUCUGUCGGCCAAAGCUCUUCUGAAACCAGGGAAGUCCAAGAGCCCCAAGAGGCUAGUGUCUUAGACGAGGCCAGAAGUCAGUGGGAGGCUGAUAAGCCACUGUCUCAGAGAUUGAAGAUUUCGAGAAACGAGCGACUCGAUUACAUUCCAAUACAACUUCUUAGAAAGUACAUUGCCUAUGCAAGAAAGUACGUCCACCCGAAGUUAUCCCCGGAAGCAGCAACGAUUUUACAGGAUUUUUAUUUGAUGCUAAGGCGUCAAUACCGUGGCCCAGAUAGUACCCCUGUGACAACCAGGCAAUUGGAAUCGUUGAUUCGAUUGAGCCAGGCCAGAGCAAAACUGGAAUUGAGGGAAGAGGCCACAGUAAAAGAUGCCGAAGACGUUAUUGAAAUUGUCAAAUUUUGUCUCGUCGACAUAUUUAUGGAUGAUAUUGGCACGCUGAAUCUUGAAAGGUCGUUUCAGGGAUCUGGUAUGAGCAAUAGAAAACAGGUAAAAAAAUUUGUCACCGAGCUGACAAAAGUUGCAGAGCGCAAUAGAAACUCUCUCUUUAAUGUCGAUCAAAUGAAGCAAAUUGCAGCGGUAUUGAAAAUCCAAACUGGGAAUUUUCAAGAUUUCAUCGAAGGUUUAAAUGCACAAAACUAUAUUAUUAAGAAAGGACCAAGACUUUAUCAGUUGCAGACUUCGAAUUUUUGAUAAACUUCGUGAUAAUACUUUAAAUAAAAUGCGAGAGUUAGCAUGGAUUGAUUUGUGAAAAACAGUUGUAGAUAGAUGAUUUUAUGGGUUCUUAUAGCUCAUAGAUUGUUAUUGUAAAUUAUUCAUUGUUCGUUGCGUUUAAAAGCUUUGUUUUUCUUUCUGCCAUUUGUCGCAGAAAAACUAAUGUUUGUCGUAAAUGUAGUUUCUCGCAGCAUACUGUUAGAGGAAAAACAUUUCAAAACAA